UGAUUGGCGUGUAGUCAUCAUCCACUUUUAAACUUGAACGCAGACGACAGAUCGGCCGAGGCAGACGACCCGGCACCCUGAUACAGCCACAGUGUCCACGAUAUUCAGACAAUGGAGACUGUGAAGAUUCUCUUUUCCGUCUGUGUUCUUCUGCUUCUGAAUGGGAUGGUUCUAUGCACUGAGGAUGAUGAGGAGACACAUGAAUUAUCAAAGAGAUCUCUGGACAGUCUCGGCAGUGGCUUCAUCAAGCGACCCCUAGACCUUGUGGGAAGUGGUUUCAUCAAGAGAGUGUGGAACACAGACGUUGGGAAACGCCCCAUAGAUCAAAUAGGAGCUGGCCUCAUCAAGAGAGCCAUGGAACAAGAAGAGGAGGAGAAACGAGACCUGGACUAUCUUGGCCUUGGGCUCCUCAAGCGUGAGGACGACUAUGAAGAGGAAAAGAGAAACUUGGAUCGUGUUGGAAUGGGUCUGAUCAAGCGACCAAUUGAUACAUUAGGAAGUGGUUUCAUCAAGAAGAGGCCCCUAGAUUACUUGGGGUCGGGUCUUAUCAGGAAGAGGUUCUUUGAUCCUUUCGCGGAGAGCCUGAAGAAAAGGCCCAUCGAUCGGAUUGGGAGUGGACUUAUUAAGAAGCGGGCUAUUGAUGAACUUGGCAUGGGGCUCUUGAAGCGGCCAAUUGAUUCUAUUGGUUCUGGGUUCAUUAAAAAGAGACCCAUUGAUUCAAUUGGCUCUGGGUUUAUCAAGAAACGUCCUCUCGACAGGAUAGGGUCUGGUUUUAUUAGAAAACGACCAAUCGACUCCAUUGGUUCGGGAUUCAUCAAGAAACGUCCUAUUGAUUCCAUUGGUUCAGGAUUCAUCAAGAAGCGCCCUAUCGAUUCCAUUGGUUCAGGAUUCAUCAGGAAACGCCCUAUCGACUCCAUUGGUUCAGGAUUCAUCAAGAAACGUCCUAUUGAUUCCAUUGGUUCAGGAUUCAUCAGGAAACGCCCUAUUGAUUCCAUUGGUUCAGGAUUCAUCAAGAAACGCCCUAUCGAUUCCAUUGGUUCAGGAUUCAUCAGGAAACGCCCUAUUGAUUCCAUUGGUUCAGGAUUCAUCAAGAAACGCCCUAUCGAUUCCAUUGGUUCAGGAUUCAUCAGGAAACGCCCUAUCGAUUCCAUUGGUUCAGGAUUCAUCAAGAAACGUCCUAUUGAUUCCAUUGGUUCUGGGUUCAUCAAGAAACGCCCUAUCGAUUCUAUUGGUUCUGGGUUCAUCAAGAAACGCCCAAUCGAUUCAAUUGGCUCUGGAUUCAUCAGGAAACGCCCUAUCGAUUCCAUUGGUUCUGGUUUCAUCAGAAAACGCCCUAUUGAUUCCAUUGGUUCAGGAUUCAUCAAGAAACGCCCUAUCGAUUCUGUUGGUUCAGGAUUCAUCAGGAAACGCCCUAUUGAUUCCCUUGGUUCAGGAUUCAUCAAGAAACGCCCUAUCGAUUCUAUUGGUUCAGGAUUCAUCAAGAAACGCCCUAUAGAUUCCAUUGGUUCAGGGUUUAUCAAGAAACGCCCAAUCGAUUCUAUCGGCUCUGGCUUUAUUAGGAAACGCUCUGUUGAUGCUGUUGGUUCUGGACAAAUCAAAAGCGAUGCGUCAAAGUAAACACCACUCAUGGAGAGUAUAUAUGAAACAAAAAAACAGUUGUGUCAAAAAACCUAACAUGCUUGAAAUGGUGGGGAGUAAGACAUUUAGUACCAUGUUAGAAACAGAAAGUCAAACGGAUUUAAAUUUUAUGAAAAUUAUGGUACUGCAACUUUACUAUAAUGUUCCAACUGUUCGGAGAUAUAAUUUAUACGUGUAGUAAGGGACACAUGUUUAGGAGAAUACCAAAACAGAUUCGCUCAAUAUGACAACUUGCUGCUGAUUGAAUAACAAAGAACAUAAUCAUUGCAAAAUUAUAUCCUAAGCAAAAGAAGCUAAGCAGUUUCUUUUGAAAAGGACCAUAAUUUUUAACGUUCCUACUUUUCCUUCCUUUAUUCAUUCUGUUAUUCAACGUCGAUAGAACAUCUUUCUAUGAAGUACUUUAGGCCUGAAUGGUGCAAAUGAAAGCCAUGCGAGGCAAGCAUGACGUUUCGGACAAUUAUCCUGACAUGAUAGAUCGCGACGUCGCCUAUAUCUGUGAUAGUGUCAAUCUUACCAAUGGUAUUAGAAUAGAUUUUCAAAACAGAUUUUUUUAUGACAUCAAAACAUACAAUCCUUCGUACGAGACAACAAAGGAAUUACAAAACUGAACACGUGAAUAAUAACUGGUAUUCCGUUUUCCAGAGAGAUUGGCAUUUCAAAACGUGAGCUGUGUCAAUUUUGUUAGAGGCUCCAAUCGUCUUUUGUUAUUGAGAGAGUGAUUCGUAAUGAAUCGUCAUAAUGCCAGCAUAAUGGUUUCAACGGCAACAAAUAUAUACGUUUUUGUGGCUUAUGAAAAAUCCUGCAAUCAGUGGACUUCAAUCAGAAUAUAGUAAACACUGUAAACAUGUACAUACAACCAGGUGAUAGACAGAAACGUCAUCCAUAUCAAAAUCGAAACCCCAUGUGUGUUGAGGCGAGGAACCAUCAAUGUAUAUUUGAAUAUAAUCUAUUGUACAAAUGAGUAAUCUUGUUGGAAGCAACUGUUGAUCUUAUUUUUGAAUAAAUAAAUGGACUCUACGCAGGUA